GUGUUCUUAUGUUGUGACAGACGGGAUGGUGUGGCUGGAGGACGGUUACGUGAAGGAUAGACGGGUGUUCGCACAGGUGGUGAUGACUUACCGUUAUGGACGAGAGGAAGACGAAGUAAUGGGCCUUACCUUCGCCAGGGAGCUGGUGGUAGCUUCUACCCAGGUCUACCCACCUACCAGCCUAUCUGCAUCACUUACCAGCCUACAGGAACGACUACAGAAGAAGUUGGGCAUCAAUGCCUUUCCCUUCCACCUGGAGAUGCCCAGGAAUGCCCCAGCAUCCGUCACCAUACAACAAGGCCAGGAGGAGAGUGGGCGGGCGUGUGGUGUACACUGGCAGGUACGAGUGUUCGUGGGCAGCACCCAGGAUGAGCAGCCUCACCGUCGUUCCUGUGUCAGACUCCUCGUCAGGAGGCGGCAGUACGCUCCAGCAAAACAAGGUCGACAGCCCAUGGUGUCGUGUACCAAAGAGUUUCUUCUCUCUCCUGGUAAACUUCACCUCAAUGUCAUCCUUGACAGGCAGAUCUACUACCACGGCGAGGCAGUGAACGUUCAGGUGAACGUGAUCAACAACUGCAACAAGCAGGUGAAGAAGGUGCAGGUGUGUGUGGUGCAGGUGUGUGAUGUAGCUCUGGGCACCACUGCAGAUAUACGCAACACCAUCGCUACUAUACAGUCACAGGAAGGGUGCCCAGUGGUACCCGGGUUUUCGCUGGGGAGGACCUACCACCUGUGUCUACACCCCCAGGGUAAACACCAGCGUCGGGGUCUGGCACUCGAAGGUCAACUGAAGGUUGAGGAGACUAGCCUUGCUUCAUCCACCCUGUUCACGCAUCCUGGGGGCGGGCAACACUUCGGUAUCGUGGUGUCUUAUGUGGUAAGAGUGAAGCUUGUUAUGGGUACCCUGGCUGGUGAACUGGUAGCUGAGGUACCCUUCACUCUCAUGAACCCUCCACCUGAUGACUCUCUGGCAGCACCAGUGAGGGAGGGACGGCAAGAGAACCUAGAGGAGAGAGCGAGGCUGGUGAUUGAGGAGUGUCAGAGAACCUCCAUUUCAGACAUGCUGAGGGGAGGCCAGGAGUCACAAGAGUCUGUGGAUAACACUCUUCCAGACACCACUGAUGGCUACCAGAUUUUCUCAACUGAAGAACCACGACAACCAACACGCAACGGUGAUAUGAAGUAGAACAUCCAAGAGCUCAACAGUGGCUCUAACAGCCCUGCCAUAUUUAAUAAUAAUAACAAUAAUAAUAAUAAUAUCUUUAUUUCUAUAAGUACAUGUACAAGGUAUACAGACCAUAGCUGACAUCAAUGACAAACUACUAUGGAAAUAAAUGGUAUCAAAUACCGACACAGUGGAAAUAUAAACACAUAUGCAGUAUAAUGUGAUCCUU